UCCCCAAGCCCCCCCUCAAGCUCACCCAUGCCCCCCCUGGUCCAGUCCAUGUUCCGAAUUGCUUAUGCUGACUGUUGGGCUAUAGCACGCUGCCGCGGUAUAUCUUGUCCAUAUCUGCACUCUCUCCUCACACUUGAUCUCCAUCCUUCGGUGCUUGCUGUUGACACUGCACUACCCUCACCAUGGUCGACUACGUCCCCUAUCCUGCUGCCUCCAUGCCUCACCACGACUUCUCCCUCUACCCCAACGAGGACCAGCAACUGGACUUCCUCCCCAACCAUCAGUCAUAUCUCGCUUCCAAUGACUAUUCCGUUGAUUCGACCUUCAGUGCUCCCUAUGACCCCAUGUCCACACUUGCAGAAGCUCCUAGGUCGAACCACCUCCAGUUCCACUACGACGCUAUCGCACAGGGCGUCAAGGCCUCUCCCUUUCAGCAGUUGAGCCCCAUGGGCUCGCCACACUCGGCAUCACUCUCGUUCCCGGACCAGCCACCCGUGCUCUCUGCCUCGUCGGAAUCAUGUGCUUCAGUGUCCUCUUCUGCCAUGGGUUCUCCUUCGCUCAACCCUCAGUUCGCCGACACGUGGAACCCUAUGGCCAACGGCCUGGGCUUCGUUCCUGGCUUCGAUUUUGCGGGCAUGGGUGACCAAGCCUCCAAGGUCCCCGGUUGCGUGGAUCCCAACUUGACUCAAUUCGGCAACCCCCUUGCAUAUGGCGAGCCAUCGCCCUUUCCUGAAAUCCGUACCCACCCAUCUCCGUAUUUUGGCGUUGUUGAGCAUCCGCCUUCGCCAGCCCUCUCUCAUGUUUCCUCUCAAAGCCAACGUUCGGGAUCAAGGAACCUCAAGCGUGGAUCUCAGUCACCCGCCACAUACCUUGACACCCAAAGAUUCCAGCCGUAUCCCACCUACAACAGGAGGCGGUCUGAUGCUUCCCUUCACUCCCAGAAUUCGGGCACAAGCCGCAAGAGCGGAAGCAGCUACGAGAUUGACGACGAGACCCGCGAGAAAGGACUCUGCCCCCUUCCGGAGUGCGGCCGUGUCUUCAAAGAUUUGAAGGCACAUAUGCUUACCCACCAGAACGAGCGGCCAGAGAAGUGCCCAAUUGCGACUUGCGAAUACCACCUGAAAGGCUUCGCAAGAAAGUAUGACAAGAACCGUCAUACUUUGACCCAUUACAAGGGCACGAUGGUGUGCGGUUUCUGUCCCGGCUCGGGCUCAGCGGCUGAAAAGUCGUUUAACCGCGCAGAUGUUUUCAAGAGACAUCUUACUUCCGUUCACGGUGUAGAACAGAACCCACCCAACAGCCGCAAGAAGUCUCCUGCCGGUCGCAAGGCAUACACUGGCUCGCAAUCCAUGGCUGGCACUUGCUCUACUUGCUCAAUCACUUUCGCCAACGCCCAGGAGUUCUACGAGCAUCUCGACGACUGUGUUCUCCGUGUCGUGCAGCAAGCCGACCCCAGUGAAGCCAUCAACCAACGUCUCCUGACAUCGGUUGCCCAAGACAGCGAUGUCACCCAGACGUUGGACCGCAACGGCCUUUCCAGCAGCAUCGAACACACCGUGCCUUCCAACUACGAGGAAGAAGACGAGGAAGUGUCCGAAGAAGACGCUGAAGCCGAUGACACCAACGACGACACAUAUGGCGUGCGACGCUCACGAUCUGGCAAAGGCUCUCUGAAGAGCAAAUCGCAUUGA